UGGACCUACAUGCGGAGUGCGGAGCCCUCUGUGUUUGUGAGGACUACGGCCGAAGGGGUGGCUAGAGUGCGGAAGUCCAAAGGGAAAUAUGCCUACUUGUUGGAGUCCACGAUGAACGAGUACAUUGAGCAAAGGAAGCCUUGCGACACCAUGAAAGUUGGUGGAAACCUGGAUUCCAAAGGCUAUGGCAUCGCAACACCUAAAGGAUCCUCAUUAAGAACCCCAGUAAAUCUUGCAGUAUUGAAACUCAGUGAGCAAGGCGUCUUAGACAAGCUGAAAAACAAAUGGUGGUACGAUAAAGGUGAAUGUGGAGCCAAGGACUCUGGAAGUAAGGAAAAGACCAGUGCCCUCAGUCUGAGCAACGUUGCUGGAGUGUUCUACAUCCUUGUCGGGGGCCUUGGUUUGGCAAUGCUGGUGGCUUUGAUUGAGUUCUGUUACAAGUCAAGGGCCGAGGCGAAACGAAUGAAGGUGGCAAAGAAUGCACAGAAUAUUAACCCAUCUUCCUCGCAGAAUUCACAGAAUUUUGCAACUUAUAAGGAAGGUUACAACGUAUAUGGCAUCGAAAGUGUUAAAAUUUAGGGGAUGACCUUGAAUGAUGCCAUGAGGAACAAGGCAAGGCUGUCAAUUACAGGAAGUACUGGAGAAAAUGGACGUGUUAUGACUCCAGAAUUUCCCAAAGCAGUGCAUGCUGUCCCUUACGUGAGUCCUGGCAUGGGAAUGAAUGUCAGUGUGACUGAUCUCUCGUGAUUGAUAAGAACCUUUUGAGUGCCUUACACAAUGGUUUUCUUGUGUGUUUAUUGUCAAAGUGGUGAGAGGCAUCCAGUAUCUUGAAGACUUUUCUUUCAGCCAAGAAUUCUUAAAUAUGUGGAGUUCAUCUUGAAUUGUAAGGAAUGAUUAAUUAAAACACAACAUCCUUUUCUACUCGAGUUACAGACAAAGCGUGGUGGACAUGCACAGCUAACAUGGAAGUACUAUAAUUUACCUGAAGUCUUUGUACAGACAACAAACCUGUUUCUGCAGCCACUAUUGUUAGUCUCUUGAUUCAUAAUGACUUAAGCACACUUGACAUCAACUGCAUCAAGAUGUGACAUGUUUUAUAAAAAAAGGAAAAAAAACAUUUAAAACUAAAAAAUAUUUUUAGGUAUUUUCACAAACAAACUGGCUUUUAAAUAAAUUUGCUUCCAUAUUGGUUGAAUAAGACAAAAACAAUUAAACUGAGUGGGAAGUGAAUAAAAAAAAGGCUUUAGGUAUCGGUUCCAUAUUUUUCAAAGCCAAAUAUGUAAAUGCUAAGGAAAGUAAACAAAGAGGAGAUUCCAAUCUUGUAAUUUAAUAUUGUUAUUAAAACUUUAAUGUAUCCUAUUCUUUAACAUUUGAUGUUAAUAUAAAAUUACUUGGCAAUGCUUGACAUUUGAAAUAAACAUUUUUCUAUUGUUUUAUUGCAAGUGGUCCAAUUAAUUUUGCUUAGCUACAGUUUGGUCAUAAAUCAAGUGAGUUUAAAGACACUACCAAGUUGUUAGGUGCCCAGAGAAAAUUUCUCCCUUUUAAAAAGGUCAGGUGAUUUUUCAAAUGUAAUCUUGCCCCCAAAGUAAUAUCUGAAUAUGUUUUUGACAUGUCUAAAUAUAUAUAUAUAAAGAAAUAUUUGUUAACACAAAAGCAUUUGAUCUAUGUAGAUAAAUGCUAAUAGAUUUAAAAAGCUAAUAUUAACAAAUACCAGAAUAUGUGAAGUUCCAUUUUUAAAGUGUUUGAGCUUACAGAAGAGAAACAUUCAUUUUAAAUGAAGUAAAAAAUGCCUUGAAAGUAAUUCUUUAGAUAGUUGCCCAUUGAUUAAAUUCCAAAAACUAAAUAUGUUUUUAGCUUUAAAAUUAUAAAAGCUGUCAUAAACUUUAUAUAUUAUGAAUUUUAAAAUAUGUUUGAGUCACCUGCAAUAUAGUUUCAUCCCAUUGACAUUAAUUAAAAAUAACCCUAAUAUAUUAUUUUUAUAUUUAUUCCUCAGGUGGAAUGGCUAUUUUAAUAUGCCCAGUGUGGAUAAAAUGUCACAUUUCUGUAACUUUUGACUAAAGAGCCUAUAUUUAUCUAGUUAAUGAAUUUAAAGGAUCUAUCUUUCCCUUCAUAAAAUACCUCUUAUUUCCAUUAAAGCCCCCCAAGUUUAAUUAAUUUAGGAUUUUGAAUGAUUAUUGGCAUCCAACAGUUAUUUUUAAUAUUUGUAUUCUUGUUAUUUCUGGAAGAAAGCCUUUGUGUAGCACUUGGUAUUUUGCAAAGUGCUUUUAAAACAUUCUUACUUACCGUAUUUCAUAGAAGGGAAGGAAAAAUGUAAGGUUUAACAGUAACCACUUGCAUUGAACAUGGAGGCAUGUGGUAUCAUGAUAUUCUUCACUAAAUUUAGCUGUCCCUAAUCACAGAUCCUAAGGUAAUAUAAUAUAAUUUUAGUGCAUUUCUCCUCAUCAGGAAUGCUGGAGGUGCAUUUUAAGUUUUAAUAAUAAGUGCUAGAAUGACCAAAUUGCAGACUAAUUGUUUCCAUAUUGUACUUAAAAUGAGUUUUUAAAAAUGAAAAAGAAAUGACUAUAUACAAUCAAUGCUAUUUAUUGUACCUCUGGGCCUACUCUUCUAAAAAUUGUAGCUUAUCGAUUUUUCUCUGUCAAGCUUGAACUAAUGUAAAUAAUUGAAAUAAUGUAAAGUUAUAUUUUCAUGUUUUUAUAGAUACAACAUGACAAGAAUACAUAAUGUAAGAGUAUUUCAACUAUGGAUAAUGUUGAUUGGAUAAUGCACAUCUCAGUUACAAGCAGUACUCAUAGUUUAAUAUCCAUGUAACGGUGCAUCAAUAUAUUGCUAUAUAAAUAUGUCUGUGUGCAUAUAAGUGAAAAGUGGUCAAACAAGAGUGAUGACAGCUGUCUAAAGGUUUUUUUAUUCAUUUUAUAUAAAAACUGUUAUGGAAAGACCAAAAUGUUUAUGAACUAUUCUUAUGUAAAUUUACAAUUGUCCUUUACUGUACUUUUUUGUUUACAGUAUAGUACCUUAUUUUCUGCUGUGUUAAGUGGGUGUCAAACUCCAAGAAGACAUACACUUUCUAUAACUUCUAUUGAAGAUAUUGGAAUUUCCAAUUUUUCAUGUGUACUAUGUCAGAAAAUGCUUUCGAUUUUAUUUUUAAAUCUAACAUCGGAUGGCUUUUCCGGAGUGUUGUAAAAACUUCAAUCAUACAUAAAACAUGUUCUUACAAAAGGCAAAGAUCUUUAUUUUUUUUACUUAAUAGUACUUCAGACUAAUAACAGUGAGACCAAAAAGUGUAUCUAAGUUUAUUCCCAAACAAACCCAACUGUUCCUACUGAAUGAGGACAUCUUUGCUCAAUUUAUUUAUCAGCUAAGUACAAAGGUAACAGAAUAAAAAAACUUUUUUUGUAAGCUAAAAUAAUUAACAAUUCAGGUCGUUCAUACCUACACUCAUUAAGUGCUUCACAUAUAUGUAGGAAUAUGGCUAUGAAUUAUAUUACUCAUUUUAUUAUAGAUAUACCCUGCUACUACAAGAUCAGGCAAUACCAUCACCAACCACUCCAUUGUAUGUUAUCCAUUCAGCUGCUGUGAUAGUCACAUUAAACAGCAGAAAGGUGACUUACUUUAAAAAUUCCAUAAUGUGUUUACAAAAAGGUGUUCUUUCAGUAUUGUACUGAAAGAGAGUGUUAAUGAGAAGCUAAAAUUCUUGCCGCAUUAAGUUUUUUUUACAAAGAUAAUCAUUUUUUAGGUAAUUCUAUCCACAAAUAUUCAAAAAUUAUUAAGACACUAUAGUUUUUCAAAGUCACACAUUAACACCUUUUAAUUUUAUAGAUUUUAAUAGAUUUAAUGUUUCAUACAUAAAUAUACCAAUGAAUCUGCUUAAGAUAACAGUUGGAGAUCUUAAUUUUCAAAUCUGCAGAUAUUUUAAAUAUUUUGGUGGUCAUGGUAGCAAAUAGGAAAAAUGAAGGGAAGCAUUAGCAAUAUAAGAAAGCUACAGGAUGAUUUCCAAUACAACACCUUAACAAUAUCAUUUAAAAAACAUUUGUUGAAAUUAAUUAGAAUAUGGCAAAAUGUGAUUUCUCCCCUUUCUUCUACUCCCAAUCUCAUCAUUUCCUAGAGGUACCGGUCUAGCAAGUUUAAACAAGCCAAGAAUCACUUCUAGGUUAGAAUGUAUUUCUGGAUAUUUACAUUUUUUUUCUGCUGGAUAAAACUGAUUAUAUAUUUCUUUUUGAAGAAAGUGGCUUGAUUGACUUAGCCACAAAAUUUGUUAUUAUUAUCAAUGUUAAUUGAUAAUAUAUGAUUAUUAAUAAUAAUAUUCUGUGGGCUUCAGAGAGUAUUUUGGUUACAUUUCCCAAAUUUUAUAUGUACUCUCAACAACUUAUUAAAGGAAAUAUCAGAAUAUAAAUAUCUGUUUAAAAAUGGAGCAAAUUUUGUGCAAAGAGUUCUCAUACUUAAAAUAGGUUUAUUUUUAAUCACCAACAUAAAAGAUGGGUAAGUAUAAGUGAAUCAUCAUGAUAUUCUGAAUGAAAAUUUGGAAAUGCAUUAAAAGGUUUGUAAAAGUUGUAUCACAUUUUAAGCAGGAAGGGAUUCAUUCUCUUAAUGUGUUGUUUUGGCAAGACCAUGACAACAGAAAUUCUAUUAGCUACUAAUCAGGAAAUUAUACUUUCUCUAUUUAUGUGUUUUAAAACAAAACAUAGACAGCAUAUGGCACUCCAAGUACAGAGAGGUUCAAACAUACUUAUGUAAGCAUGAUGAUAUUUAAACAGGGGGACUAAAACAAAACUCUAAGAUCCAGUGAAUAUAGAAAAGUACCUAGAGUAAAUCCAGUUCAUAAGAACCUGUGUAUGUGUUUUAUACCCUGUCUCUAUUCAUUUCUUCUUGCUUUACCAUUUUAUGUUCUCUUCUUGCCCUUAAAUACUACUGCCAUUUUUAUACCUAUUAUACUUUAAAUGGUAUCUCAUUUUGUAGUUUCAUUCAUUUUGCUUUUUUUUCAUGUUAUUCCAUCUAUUUCUAGCUUGCCUAUUCUAACAGAUUUUGCUUUGUGGGCACUUGAAAUGCAGUUCAUUUUAUCAAAGACAUGACUGACAGUUUCAGAGUCUACUUAAUAACUAUAAUAAAUGACUAAGGAUUUCUCUUGUGAAAUAAAAUUUCUUGUUAAGCUCUA